AUGGACACUUUCUACGUCGACGAGGACGUCGGUCGCGAUGAUGACUCUGCCACUGGCUCAGAAGCCGCUCCGUACAAAACUCUUCUCUUCGCAAUGAUCCAGCACCCAAAGGCAACAUAUAAAACUAGGAAGUCAGAAACCACACCCGCAGAUGCCAAUGCUGACCCAGCCUCGCGGUUGGAAUGGAAGCCGGCAUCGAAAUCUGCGCUGAAGAAAGCGACCAAUCUCUAUGAACAACAUCAACGGAAACAGGCAAAGCAAGCUGACUUGGCCAUCCGGGAACAGCAAGAAGUCGAGAGGAGGAAGCAAGUGCUCGAGGAAGCAAAGAAAGUGGUCAUUGCAGAGGAUGAAAGCUUGCCGGCGCCCGUCAAGAUCAAGCUCAACACCGUCGAUCCCGCCAUAAUCAAGCUAGGCACCGCAGACUCCAAAGGCACCCGUGUCCGGGUUGUGGGUCGAGUUCACCAUUUGCGGUCCCAGAAGGACAUUAUCUUCGUCACACUGAAAGAUGGCAAGGGUUUGAUGCAAUGCGUAUUCUCGGGCAAUUUGAUCAAGACCUAUGCCGCCAUGACUCUGACCCUCGAGACUUCGCUCGAAAUCCGCGGUGAGCUCAAAUCUCUUCCACCGGGGGCGCACGCUCCUCUCGAUCGGGAACUCCAUGCCGACUAUUUUACCGUGAUUGGAGCAGCGGUCGGUGACAAAGAGGCCAUCACCAACAAGGUGCAAGAGGAUGGUGAUGCCCAGAAGCUGCUCGAUAACCGCCAUCUCACGCUGCGUGGAGACGUCUCCUCCAGCGUCAUGAAAGUUCGAGCAGCCGUGGAGAUGGCCUUUGUGAAGGCGUAUGAGGAGGUGCAAUUCACGAAAGUGUCCCCUCCAGCAAUGGUUCAAACGCAGGUCGAGGGUGGCGCAACUCUCUUCGAGUUCAACUACUACGGUGAAAAGGCUUACCUGACUCAAUCCUCCCAACUGUACCUGGAGACCUGUCUGCCUGGCUUGGGUGACGUAUAUUGCAUUGAAAAGUCCUUCCGCGCCGAAAAAUCCCUUACCCGCCGCCAUCUGAGUGAGUACACACACGUUGAGGCCGAACUCGACUUCAUCUCCUUCGACGACCUGCUCAACCACAUUGAGCACAUGGUGUGCAGGGUCAUUGAAAUCGCCCUCGCGGAUCCCCUCAUUGCAAAAUAUGUCUAUGACCUCAACCCCGACUUCAAAGCUCCAUCCCGCCCCUUUCGGCGCAUGAAGUACUCCGAUGCCAUUGCUUGGUUGGUAGAACAUGAGAUCCCCAACGAAGAAGGCAAGCCCCACGAUUUCGGAGACGACAUCGCCGAAGCCGCCGAACGCAGAAUGACCGAUAUCCUCAACGUCCCCAUCUUCCUCACCCACUUCCCCACCGAGAUCAAAGCCUUUUACAUGCAAAAGGACCCCUCGGACCCUCGUGUGACCGAGAGCGUCGACGUCCUCAUGCCCGGCGUCGGCGAGAUCGUCGGCGGGAGCAUGAGAAUCUGGGACUACGAGGAGUUGAUCGCCGCCUACAAGCGCGAGGGCAUCGACCCCGAACCCUACUACUGGUACACGGAUCAGAGGCGCUACGGCACCAGCCCCCACGGCGGUUACGGUUUGGGCUUGGAACGCUUUUUGGCCUGGAUGUGCGGUCGUUGGACUGUUAGGGAGUGUUGCCUCUACCCGAGGUUUGCCUAUCGUUGCAAGCCAUAG